AUGACUUAUGAUGGCUUUGUCAAUGUAUCUGAUCUCCUGCAACACAUUCCAAGCGGAUACAAGGAAGAAGAUAUUAUAAAAAUGGUGAGAAAUGAUCCUAAGAAACGGUAUGCCAUCCAGCGAAUUGGAGGGACCCUACAAAUAAAAGCCACUAAUGGACACACUUUGCCAGUUAACAUUUCUAUGAAAACCACAACAAAAAAGAUUGGUUUACAUGGAACAUUUAUGCAUAAUUGGGAACAGAUAAAAUCCCAGGGGAUAUCUCGAAAGCAAAGGAAUAACAUUCACAUGGCUUCUCAUGACCCUAGCUGUAAAAGUGGUAUUCCACCAAAUCGAGAUAUCAUUAUUGAAAUUGACAUAGAUAAAGCCAAAAAAGAUGGCAUAAAAUUUUUUGAAUCUGACAAUGGCAUCAUACUGAGUCCUGGAAAUCUCAACGGUGUGAUUGAAAAGAAAUAUUUUAAAAGAGCUUACACAAUAUCAGGUUCUGAGUUAUCUUUGGCCUGA